UCACAUGCAUUUUCUUUUGGAUAUCGUCGACUCAUCUGUGUUACUUUCGCAACGGUUUCCAUUCAAACUUCUUCUUUCCUUCCAAUAAACCUGCUGACACGAAGUCAAAGUCAAUGCAUGAAUCAGGGAGGCUCAUUUUAGAGCGGAAAAUGUCAGAUGAUGCUGCCAUUUUGUUGAGCGAGGAGGACGAUGACCGGGAUGAGUUUGACAGUGAUGAAGCAGAGACAGUGCCCGAGCUCGAAGAGAAACUAAGCAAGUGGACCAACUACAUUCAUGGGUGGCAGGACCGCUGGGUGUCACUCCGAAACGGAACAUUGAGUUACUUCAAAUCACACACCGAUAUCCACCUUGGGUGCCGGGGUUCUAUCAGCUUGGCGAGGGCGGAUAUUGAGGCCCAUCCCUUUGAUGAACUUCGUUUUGAUGUCAGUAUUAAUGACAAUGUCUGGUACCUACGCUGCAAGAAUGAAGAGGACCGUCAUAAAUGGCUGGAUGCAUUGGAGUUACAGAAGGCAGCAGCAGAGGCAGAGAGCACCAGUCUACAGCGUCAAGGAUCUAUGCUGUCUCUUCACUCUACUGCUAGUCUGGCAUCCUCUUCCUCUUUCAAGAAAGGGCGUGGCCUACGGGAGAAGCUAGCUGAGAUGGAGACAUUCCGUGACAUUCUUUGUCGCCAGGUGGAUGCUCUCCAGGGUUAUUUUGACACAUGUGCUGAUGCUGCCUCCUCAUCAGGAGACAGCAGGAAAUGGCUGGAAGAUCCAUUGGAUGGUGACAUUGAUGAUGAAGAUCUGAAUGAUGAAUCUGGUACCACACCCAGAGUUGAUUCCCAUAUGAGAUUUAUUGAAACUAAUGGACCUUCAGCUCACAAAGAAAAAGACAAAGGUCAUUUCCAGCCCCACCAUAUGGGCGUGGACUUUAAAGGGGAGGCGUUUACUUUCAAGGCAACAACGGCUGGUAUCCUAGCAACUCUGUCUCACUGCAUCGAUCUAAUGAGACAAAGAGAAGAACAAUGGCAGAAGAGACUGGAGAAGGAGCAAGACAAGAGAAAGCGGGCAGUGGAGGCAUACAGAAAGGCACUGCAAGACAUGAAGAAGAAAGCACUCCUUGGUGGACCGGACUAUGAGGAGGGGCCUCACAGCAUGAUGAAGGAGGAUGAAUUUUUUGAUGCAAUAGACGCUGCUCUUGAUAUUCACGAUCAAACAGAAGAAGAAGCUGAAAGAUCUGAGGAGGUCGUGCAGAAAGAUGAAUCUUUUAGUUCCAGUAAUACGAUCAGCAAGGAUUUGCCGCCCCACCCCCACAAACUUAUUCAAGAGUGCCAUGACAAGGUUGAAGAAAAUGUGAGAUACUCAUUUGAGAAUAUUGAAGACAACUGGGAUCUGCUUCACCAAGAAGGAGAAAUGAAGAUCUACAAAAUGGAGCAAGAGAUUGAUGGAAUAGUGCUAGAUCCUUUGAAAGCAACACACACCAUACGUAAAGUGACUGCUCGUGAAAUGUGCCAUAUGUUCUGGGAUAUUAAGUACAGGAUGGAAUGGGAUGGUACCUUAGACUGGUGUAAGAAUCUAGAGACUCUGGCUCCAGAUACUUUCAUCUGUCAUCAGAUGAUGCGCAGAGUCUGGCCAGCAACACAGAGAGAUACUUGCUUCCUCUCACAUGUCCGUAAGCUGGAUCUUAGUCGACAGACACAGGGGGAUGUUGGAUCUUGGAUUGUUGUCAACUCUUCAGUGGAACACCCUGACGCUAGUAAUAAAGGGAUCCGUGCUAAGAUCAAUGUCUGCAUGCUGUGUCAAACGUUCCUGGAUUCACCAGAUGUGAAUAAGGAAAAUGCAACUCGGGAUAACCUGGUUUGUAAGAUAUACUACGUAGCCCAUGCCAAUCCAGGAGGUUGGGUACCAAGCUCUGUUAUUCGUGCGGUCUACAAGAGAGAAUACCCCAAGUUCCUCCGUCGCUUCUCCGGACAUGUGGUGGAAUCCUUUAAAAACAAACCUAUCAUGUGGUAGUAUUGUUGUCACCGACAUAAAGAGAAAAAAACAUCGCUGACAAAUUCCAAUUUGAUAUGCUUAGUUGUAGAAUCAAACAAUAAGAGAGAGGCAAUUUAGCAAACAGUUUCUUGUGUGAUGGCUGCCUGUUAAUGAGUCAAGACUUGUAGAUCUUAUGUCCAAGAGAUACAAAUCAUAUUCGCUGAUAAAGAUACCCAAGACAUCACGCAAUAUCUUGAUGAUAUCUUGAAUUUUUAUUAAGAAGGUUGCUUUUAAAAAUUGAGUAUACUUUCCAAAGUUUGUUUAUUAAGUUGUGGGAGAUAAAAAUCAGUUACAACUCACUGCCCAGGUUUAUGGGGUUAAUUAGGAUGGACAAAAUUGCUUACAAAUAUGUGUGGGUUGGUACUACAGUUACAAAUAGUUCACAUGACAGUUGUUUGGCUGGUAACACACAAAUUGGGCAAUAGAUAGACUUGAUUUGCUGGUGUGGGGGCAUUAAAGCAGGAAAUGGAAAGUCACCAUGAAGUUUAAAAGUGUGCUUAAUACAGGAUGUGAUGUGAACAUGUAGGGAAAAUGAAUCAACUUUAAUAGAGGUGCUAUUUUACUCUUCUCUUAGAGUGAUAUCAUUCUAUUUUUUAAUUUUGUCUUUGUACACCCCUAUUAGUAACUUUCUUUGUUUAGGAACCCUUCAUUUAAUCCAUCACAUUCCAACAGGUUUAGUUGAUUGAACUAUUAUCCAAGUUGCCAUGCCUGGCCUCAUACAUGACAAAAUCUGCUGGAGAAUGUAGUGUUUGUGGGUUGGAUUCCGGGUUGGAUUCCCAAACCAGUACGUAGCCUGUGGAUGGUUUCCAGAGGACUAAACUAGCACAGAGUGAAAGUGUCAAACCAAAACUAUUAUACACAUAUUGACUGGCAACUGGUAACUAGUGUACGUCUUUGACAAUUACCAAUAGUGUCCAGUGUCUUUAAAACAAGUGAGCAAACUUUUGUUUCUUUCUUAUUUAUAUAUUCUUACUUGUCAGUCUCUCUAAAACUUUAAAUGUUCUUAAUUGCACAAUUCAAUAUAUGAAGGAGGGAGGGUAGGGUGUCAUUCUGUAAUACACGUACAUGAAGUAAUAAACUCAACACAGAUUUUGGAUUUUUACACUGUUCAUCUUGUAAGAGAAUGGCAAUUGUCAACUUUAAAUAAUAAGAAGCAGUAUUGAAUUUUUUUUUUAUAUUUCAUAUUUGCUGUAAACAAAAUUAAGAAUUAAACAAAUUAAGUAUAAUUUCGUUUUUUUUAAGUAUAAGUUUUCUUAAUGUGUAUUAUAUGUAAUUAAAUCCUUGAAUAUUAGUUCAAGUAUCAGAAAGGAAUUCUCUCAAUGCAUCUUUAAAUAUAUCUACUUCGUUUUUGUUCAUUACACUGCGCUGUUUGUACUGUCAAGUUAACGAAUGAAUCACCCAAAUAAUUGAAUUGCAAUCCAAAUGCCCUCAUGUGAGCAUGCACAAAAGCCCAAACAAAACAACAUUAUUUUGACCAUUGUUUUCAAUCUUACCUCGACCACUACAAUUGUUUCACUGAUUUGUUUGAUCUUAUGUUUAUAGAAAACAAGAGAAUGGAAUCAAUCUACCCUGUAAAAAACACAUCUCUUUUGUAUUAGCCUUUCACGGCUUGAUUGUUUUAUAUGUUGCUUAAAGAACAAUUUGAAGUGCAGAUAUGACAUGACACAGAUUGUAUUUAAUUGUGUUAUUGAUUUGCAUGAACAUUGAUUUAUCAGAUGGGGUUCAAUUAUAAUGCAUAUUAUUUGUUCCAUGACUUACCAUAUAUUAUUAUUAUUUGCUGUUUUUGUUGCAAAUUUACAAUAUUUUAUGUUUACUUAAAAUUAUAUCGUAAUAUAAAAGAAUUAUUAUAACAGGAAAACAGUUUUGUAUUGUGUAGGGAUGAUACAGCAGUAACAAUUGGAAGAGUACAAGCUACAUGAUUUAUCUUAUCCCUAUUGCAAUUUAAAUGUUAUUUGUUUGGAUGCUGAGCAUUUGGUGCUGGAAAGUGUGGCAUGUUGUACACCCCUCAACAUAAAGUCCAACCUGCCAAUGUUGAUUGAUUAUACAAUGUCCUACCUUCCCUUUCAUUUAUUUUGCACAUUGUGUACAAAAAGAUGUUACCAUGGAGGCAUGAAGAAAUCUAUUUCCAAGUCUAGGCAAUUUAAAGGAUUUUCUGAGUUUUCCUCCUGCAUAUUUAAAUGAUGACUUAUAAAUAAUAUAAAUAAUGCAAAUAUGAUGAAUGAUAUGAUGUAAUAAAUCUGUAUAGAAUAUACACGGGAAGUAACAAGAA